AGUUAAAUUACUUUUAAUUAACUAAUUUAAUUAUGUGUCGGUUAUGGUUUAAGUCAAAUAAAUGUACACAACUAAUUCAGCCUCUUCCAAUUUAUUCUAGUAUCCUGUUUUAGUUGUAUUGUAUUUGCUUUAUGUACACUUAGAAUUACUACAUUUUUGGUGUGAUCUGUUUAUUUUGCAUUUAUUUUAAAAUGUGAAGAACAUUGUUUUGUGCUGGUAUUAUGUGAACAAUGUUGAAUAUUAUUGUGCUGUGGUAGAAAGGGUGAAAUUCACCCUUUCGACUCUAAGGGACGCUCUUAGUCAGCAUUUGGAUUUCCUUUCAUUCAGUCCAUCACUGACUGUGUAAGCAGAUUCGCUAUGUGUUCAUUUGAGGUUGAGGACGCAUUAGAGUGAACAACAAAAUUCAGACGUUUUUGGUUAAUUGAAGUCGUUUUUUUAGAUCUAGAGAGAACUGAUGAUUGAAAAUAAUAUUUGUCGUUUGAUUUAGUGGAUACAAAUCUUUUUAUUUUUUGGGGAAAAUGGCACCUCGAAAAUGCGUCGCUGACGCACGGUGGAUUCGGCGAUUGUUGUCUGGACCACGACACCAAAUGGGACUACUUCUUUGCAUUCUUUAUUUGGUUACCACGGUAAGUGGUCAGAUUCGUUAUUCUAUCCCAGAAGAAAUGAAGAAAGGCUCGGUGAUCGGUAAUGUGGCGCAAGAUCUUGGCUUGGAUGUGAAAAGGCUGCGUUCAGGGCGGGCCCGCAUCGUGACGAGAGGAAACAACCAGUACACCGAGCUGAAGACGGACAAAGGGCUUCUCGUCGUUAACGACAGAAUAGACCGGGAGCAGCUUUGUGGAGAUGUGACGCCAUGUAGCUUCAGCUUUGAGGUCAUUUUAGAAAACCCGAUUGAAUUGCACAGCGUUCGUAUCCUGAUCCAGGACCAGAACGACAAUGCCCCCCAGGUCCUGUACCCGGUCCAGACAGGCGGCUCGGUGCUGGCUGAAAUGGUGCCUCGUUCAGCAGAUGUGGGCUAUCUGGUGACUAAAGUGGUGGCUGUUGAUGUGGACUCUGGACAGAACGCCUGGCUCUCCUAUAAAGUGCUCAAAGCCACAGACAGGGCGCUGUUUGAAGUGGGCCUACACAAUGGAGAAAUAAGAACUGUCCGCCAAGUCACUGAUAAAGAUGCUGUCAAACAAAGACUGAGUGUUCUAGUGGAGGACAACGGGCAGCCCUCUCGUUCAGCUACAGUCAUUGUUAACGUGGCGGUGGCGGACAGCUUCCCUGAAGUGCUGUCAGAGUUCACUGACUUUAGCAUGCACGACAAGGAGUACAAUGACAAGCUGACUUUUUACUUAGUCUUGGCUUUGGCUGUGGUCUCCUUCCUCUUCAUCACCUGCUUGCUGCUCAUCAUAUCAGUCAAAGUGUACAGGUGGAGACAGUCUCGCGUCCUGUACCACUCCAACCUCCCUGUCAUUCCAUAUUAUCCACCACGUUACUCAGACACUUUGGGGACAGGGACUCUCCAACACGUGUACAAUUACGAGGUGUGCAGGACCACCGACUCCAGAAAAAGUGACAUGAAGAAUAUGCAAGCCAUGAGUCAAAGUUUAGUGAGUGUGGAUGGAGCUGAAGCUGAUACACCACAUGUGACCAAUCAGAUGUCAGGAAACUUUUCACAGAUGUCAACUUUGGUGAGUGAAAUAUUUCACAUUUAUUUAUGUGUUUUUAUGUGAUAAAUUGCAUUGAUUUAAAGAGUGUUGUAAUUUGUAUUGCUGCUGCACAUUGUGUCGACAUAUAGACAUUCAAGCAGACCUAUCUUGGAAGAUAAUUAUCAUUUUCAAUUUACACUUUGUAUUUUACCCGCUUGCUGUUGCAAAUUGAUACACACAUUUUUUAAUUUUUUUAAUAGUAUUAUAUUUUUAAAGAUGGACUUAAAAUAUUGCAAUAUUAA